AUGGACAAGCUGCCGCUUGAGCUUCUCAGGGCAAUAAUCGACUAUCUAUGCCCUGAGGACCUGGCAAACCUGCAACUAGUAUCACAGAGUCUACAUACCAUUGCGCGAGACAACAAUGUAUGGCGCGAAAGAUGCUAUCAGGCGCAGCGUGAGUACUAUAUCAGCCUGCGGAAGAGACUUGCGCUGUUCCCAGUAUCCAGCGAACAACUGAAGUGGAAUAACUCGUUAUAUGAAGACCCUUCUGCUAGUGCUGCUACGCGCUGGGAUCCGUCAGAUCCAGAAGAAGAUAUAGACUGGUAUACCGAAUAUAUCGCCCGCCAUGGUCCCGCGGCUAUCACCUGGCUGCAGAGCCCAGCUGUCGAAGACCUGGUUGGCCGUGACCGUCUGCUAGAUGUCAAAGGUGUUGGUAUACUGGAUGGGAGGGGAUACGGCGUAGAGGACCGGGCUAUCACUCUCCUCGAGGAUGGGUCUGUUGGUAUUUGGGAUACCAGCCCGGGAAAAGCUGUCAUGUCGAGCCGCUCUACGGUGUUGGUUCCUGAUCCCUCCUGGUCAACUAGCGUGGAUGCUACGAAAAUUGAUGGCAUUACGGAAGGAGUCAGCAUCAAUUCUGUCUCAAAGAGAGCAUACAUUGCGGCCGAGAAUGUCAUAAACGAGGUGGACCUGUCUACCCUUGAGUCCAUAUCACAGAGAACAUACCCUGAGCGUAUAUUUGCUCUAUCUCAGGAGAUACUGGACUAUAAUGCGCCCCUCACGAUUGCUACUAGGGGCGGCCUUCAUAUCUACGACCCGAGAGUCUCGCUGGUUCACCAUCAGAUGGACACGUCCUUGUCUCUGGAGCCCAGCCCUUCAUUUCUCUCGACCGCGAGAUAUCCUACUUGUUGCUCCACGCCCGGAACAGCCAACUAUACAGAGUUACUUGAACCUGGACCCAACUUCGUCCUCCACCCUCCAUCCCCCAACGCGCACUCGAUAGUCGUGGCUGGACGGUUUCCGAGUGUCUUGCUUUACGACCGUCGGAACCUGGGGCAUCUGCAAGCCAGUGCACACUCGGGUGCUCGUCUGUGCGGGCUUGCUGCUUUGCCAUCUAUCCCUAAAUGCUAUCGUACCUUAGGCCGCAGCAAGCCAUGUCAGUCUAUUGUCGCAUGUGGAGAGCACAAGGGCAUGGGAUCCCUUGAGCUAUACGCCCUCUCUGCCCCGGAAACGGAUUGUGUCGUAUCCCCCUCUCCAGUACUGGGAAACAAUGCACUCUACCGGAACAGAGUAAGCGCCGCGCGCUCCAAGCUGCUCUCUGUUGCUGUCCACGGCACUCGGAUUGUGUAUUCUGAUUCAGAAGGCAACAUAAAGUGGAUGGAGAGAGAUGGCAAGACCGCCGUACGAACACUGGAAUUGAACACUGACUCUCUAACUCCGGGAAGAACUAGGAAACAAGACUAUGAAGAUACAAGCUACCAUGUAGCUCGCAAGAUCAUACCUACCGGAGGCAACCUGGACCAUGACGGACUGAUCAUCUGGACUGGGUCGCGGGUUGGGCGACUGCGCUUCUCCUCCCACGUCGAUGAAGAAUACACGGCUGCAAAAGAAGAGCUGUCUGACCAGGAAGUACGCCAGAUGGAUCUUGAGAAAGAGUCCUGGAGAAAUUUCAAGCAGAGCAUGUAUAUGAGAUGCCUUCUUCUCGCCAUCGAAUCCUCAACCGAGGUAUUUACCGGAUCCGGCCGGGUUUCUCGCCUCUGGCGCCUGUGA